GCAGCGCCCCCGCGCCAUGGAGGGAUUCCCCGCCCGCGGGUACGGCACCGGCGGCGCGGACAACCGGCCGCUCUUCGGGGAGACCUCGGCCAGGGACAGAAUCAUCAAUCUUGUUGUUGGUGGCUUAACAACCUUGCUGCUUGUAGUCACUCUAAUCAGUGCUUUUGUCUUCCCACAACUACCUCCAAAACCUGUGAAUGUAUUUUUUGCUUUCUGCAUCUCCUUGUGUUGCAUUUCUGCUGGCAUUCUUAUCUACUGGUAUCGACAAGGAGACCUGGAACCCAAAUUUAGAAAUCUAAUUUACUACAUAUUGUUUUCUAUUGUCAUGUUAUGUAUAUGUGCCAACCUGUACUUCCAUGAAGUGGGUAAAUGAAGGACAUUGGGAAUACCCAGCAAUGAUGCUGCUGUGUCAGACUGCUUCCAGCUCAGCUCUCAGCUCUACUCGAGACAUUUAAGUGAGAACCAUCAGCCUGAGAGAAAAGUGGGUUGUGCAAGGAUAAAUCAGUACAUGAUUUUCAUGUAAAUGUAUAUGUAAUAUCCCUCUUGUUGGGGAGAAUUAUUGCCAUAAGACGUGACAUUCUGCUUUUUUUUGAAGAGCUACUGUUGCGCUUAAUGAACAUUCCAGUUGUACUGAUGUUUCAGAAUGGCACAAGCUUUUUCAUUUUGGAAAAAAAUGCACUUUUUUUUAUUACUGUACAAAUAAACUGCAGCACUGAAAGGAUCUGUGGCAGUAUAAAUAAAUGGCAUCUUACAGUCAA